CGUGGGUCUGAGAUUAGCCGGACAUGAGGACGGGCUGCCGGCCCCGGCUUCUGGGAGUUCAGAGACGGAGCAGAGAGGCGUGAAGUUGGGUGGAGUGAUGAGUCGCGUGCCGCCUCCUUUAAUGAAUAAUCGCCUUAAUGUUUGGCUGGGGGAGGCACAGCCCUGCACUGCACAGGCACCCUCCGCGGGACCGACAUGAGCAGCAGCGCACAGACCCCAGAUGCGGACUGGCCCCCAGGGACCGCGCGGAGGAGCGACCGGCUGUUCCGCUGGCGCUGGGCAAGGCGCUGGGUACCCCUGCUCUACCGUGAGGAAUUUUACGAAGUUCUGUGCCUCACUGGACCCCUGCUGAUAUCCCGGAUCCUUCAUUUCCUGCUCUCAUUUGUCAUCACAUUAUUCUGUGGUCGUCUGGGGAACACAGAGCUGGCUGGCUAUGCCCUGGCCUCAGCGACCAUUAAUGUCACUACUGCAGCCACGGGAGGCGGCCUCGCCCUGGCUUGUGACACACUGGUGUCUCAGACUUACGGGGGGAAGAAUCUGAAGCGCGUGGGGGAGGUGCUACAGCGCAGCAUCCUGAUCCUGCUGCUCUUCUGCCUCCCGUGCUGGAGCCUGCUCAUCAACACUGAGUCCAUCCUCCUCCGCCUGUGGCAGGACCCCCAGGUGGCCCGGUACACCCAGCUGUACAUGAUUGCGUUCCUGCCUGCAGUACCGGCAUUGUUCCUCCAUCAGUUACAGGUCUCUUACCUCCAGAAUCAGGGUAUAAUCCUGCCGCAGAUGUAUACUGCCGCAGCUGCAAACGUCCUCAACGUGGCAACGAACUACAUCCUGCUGAUCUGGCUGGACUUGGGAGUGAAGGGCUCGGCCGCGGCCAACAGCCUGUCUCAGAUCUACAUCCGCUGGAAGCAGCUGCACAGGAAGACAUGGGCAGGCUGGUCCAGUGCCGCAUUGCAGGAGUGGGGUGCCUACAUGAGGCUGGCCCUCCCCAGCACACUUAUGCUCUGCUUUGAAUGGUGGCUCUACGAGAUUGGAGGAUUUCUGGCAGGCAUGCUGGGAGAGCUGGAUGUGGCAGCCCAGCACAUUGUCAUCACCCUGGCGUUCGUCACCUACAUGUUCCCGCUGGGCGUCCAAGUUGCUGCCUGCUUCCGAGUGGGGAAUUCACUGGGCGCCGGUGACACCGCGAGGGCCAUCGUCACCAGCAAAGUGUCCCUGAUUCUGGCGGGCAUCUUCGCGGUGUUUGAGGGUAUCAUCCUGGGCUCAACAAAAUCAGUGAUCGGCUUCAUUUUUACUGCAGACAAGGCCAUUGUGGAGCUGGUCUCUCAGAUUUUAAGUGUCUACGUGAUCCUGCAGUUUUUCGAUGGCCUUGUGUGUGUUAGUUUAGGUAUCAUCCUGGGGACUGGGAAGCAGAAAAUAGCAGCAGGGGCCAAUCUCAUUGCUUACUACUGCAUCGGUCUGCCGCUGGGCGUCUCCCUCAUGUUCAAGGCCGGCCUCCGAGUGCCUGGCAUGUGGCUGGGACUGCUCAUCUGUGUCAUCCUGUUGUCCAGUUUUUUUAUCUUUGUUCUCAUCUUCAAGUUCAACUGGGUGAAAAUCACAGAGGAGGCCAAGGUGCGUGCUGGGAAAAAUGUUGGAAAUAGGAGCAUGGACAGGAGGCUGGCCGACGGCGUAAUCCAAGACAGCCGUACUAUCCCUGAAGACGGCCACACGACACUGUCAGCGACACCUGCGAGCCACACAAAUGGCUACAUCGCUGUGAGGAACCAGGAGCAGGGCGUGGCAACGGUGGGGCCAGAGGACGGGAGCCCUGCAGUCCUCCUCUCUGUCCCUCAGCUGCUUUUCCGCAGGGGUUUGACUCUGCUGGCUGCCCUCCUGAUACUCGCUGCUGGGCUGACCGUCCAUCUCACAGUGCCAGUCCCACUGCUGCUCCUGGAGAGCAAUCUCACCCUGGCAGUAGAUAACACCUCCGCUCCCACCGUGCUACUGAGCCCCACAAUGUUUACGUAGAGCAGGACUUACUGCCGGCGCCCUCUGGUGGACAGAAUUCACAGUGCAGACACACACUUCAUAGAAGCAUAACUUCACACCAGUCCAGGAAUUCAUGUCAAUAAAUUGAAUGACUCAGAGAUGUGUCAGUUUUAAAUUUGAAGUGCGCUAUAUUUAGUCCUUCUACAUUUUUAUGGUUUUAUCUAAUUGCUGUAUUGUUGUUAAUCACAUAAUUAUUACUGCCAGAAGAUACCAUGGCUUUGUGCCUGUUAAAAUCGAUUGGACCGUCAUUGUACCUCAUACAGUUAUUUUUCCUGAUUUUAAACAAUGUGUUUUUGAAUAAUUGAACCAUU